UUUUAAGAGGUCCUGGAAGAAGCAAUCAUUCACCCACUCAACAUCGAAGGCGAGCUAUGUGUUGGCAUUCCUCCCGGAGACCAUUUCAAAGGAAAGAGACUUGCUUGUUUGUUGCAUUUACGGUCGCAAACACGGUGUCUGCAUAAAGUGUAAUCAUGAUGACUGUCAAACUGCAUUUCAUCCUACUUGUGCUAAAUGUGUUGGCCUGCACAUGGAUGUGAAGACUGGUGGAGGCAAGUUUUUUCAGGACAAGGCUUAUUGUGAAAAGCAUAGCUUGGAUCAGAAAAAGAAGGUAGAGAGUCUGCAACAUGGACCUGAUGAGGUCCGCUGCAUUAAGCAAAUCCGGCCAGUAGGCCUGAGCUACCUGUUGAGGUUGCAGGGCCUGCUACGCACAAUUCGAAUGGAGAAUGUUGGUGGAGGCAAUGAUGAUGUUGGCCUGGAAGCAGCAGAAGAUGGACGGGCAGUGUUAUCUCAAGGUCCGCCAAGCACGACGGCACCGGUGAUGACAGGCGCGACCAUGACUUUGUAUUUUUUGUGGAACCUAAUGCUGUGUAACAGUUUGAUUGAGUUAAACUUUAAAUAGACUGUUGUUAACUAUUUUGUUGGUAUUGUGGCUUUCAUGAU